AUGCCUCCUCCGGCCGAGAACCCAGCACCAGCUGCGACGCCCAAUUCCCCUCCUGCACCGACCGGGACAGAAGAAGACCGACCGACGCAAUCCAACGAGCCAACACACACAGAAGACGAUCAUGCCCCAAUCGAAGCAGCCGAGACAAUCCCCGCCGACCGAGCCGGACUUACCGACGACGGCUACGAGACAGACAGAGAGAGCUCGGCAUCGACGUCGGUGACCAGCUCCAUCCGCGACUAUCAAUUCGAGAACAGCAGACGAUAUCACAAGUUCCAGGAAGGGAGGUACCAGUUCCCCAACGACGAGCCGGAGCAGGAGAGGGAGGACAUGAAGCACGCCAUGGUGAUUCACCUCUGCGACGGCAAGCUGCACUUCGCGCCCCUCGACAACCCCCAGAACAUCCUCGACAUUGGCACGGGCACGGGCAUCUGGGCUAUCGACAUGGGAGACGAGUUCCCCGAGGCCGAGAUCCUGGGCAUCGACCUCAGUCCCAUCCAGACGCCGUGGGUGCCGCCCAACGUCCGAUUCAUGGUCGACGACGCCGAAGCCGAAUGGGUCCAGCCGCCCAACUCCCUCGACUACAUCCACAUCCGACACAUGACGGCCGCCAUCCGCGACUGGCCGACGCUGCUGUCGCGCGCGUACGAGGCCCUCAAGCCGGGCGGGUGGAUCGAGCUGCAGGAGCUGUGCUUCGAGCUCAAGUGCGACGACGGCUCCCUCAAGCCUGACAACAAGCUGCAGGAGUGGCUCGGCCUGGUCCGCCAGGGGCUCAUGACGUUUGGUGUGGACAUGCUGUCGAUGCGACACAACAAACAGAGAACGAUUGAUGCUGGCUUCGUCAACGUCCAGGAGAAGGCGCUCAAGAUCCCGUUUGGCAUCUGGCCCAAGGACAAGAGGAUGAGCAUGAUUGGUUUGUACUGUAGGACCAUGAUGGUGGACGCACUCCACGGCGUGUCUAGCAAGCCCUUCCUACACGGCUUGAAGUGGACGCCGGAGCAGAUUGAGGUCUAUCUGGUUGCGGUGAGGAAGGAGUGCUAUGACUACACGCAGCAUACGCAUAUUCCUUUCACCGCCGUCACAGGGCAGAAGCCAUUGUAA